CCGAACAGCACCAGACACCGAUCCACCUCUUUCCAUGGCUUCUGAUUCCCCCGUCGAUGUAGGCGGGUGGCUGAGGAGCCUUCCCCCCUUCUCCCAAUGGAGCUCCAACCGCAUGAGCUUCUGCAUCUGCUCGUCGAAACCCUGCGCACCUUCCUUGAGACUCUCCGUCGCCAGAAACCCCCAGAAGCUCAAUCCUUACCUCACCUUCUGCAUCUACGCAGACUACCACACCCCCAUUUCCCUCUGGACCUCCGGCGCCAUCCGCCUCAAGUCCAGCUCGCAGACCUCUUUGACCGGAGACGAAGCCACCGGUCUCUUCUUCGACCUCCUCGUUUCGGUUCUCAAGUACGGCCCCGGCCGGAGAUCCUCUUUCCGGCUGUCGCAGGUGACAGUCAGGGAGGAGAACCUCCGGGAAGUAGUCCUUAAUCUCGCGUUUGUCACCCUCACCUUCCUCGUCACCGUCUACGAAGCUCCCUCCGAGCUUCGCCGUGGGUGCCUCGAGGACUUGAGGCUCCAGCUGUGGAGUCCGGCGUGCCGGGAAUCGCUGAAGCUCCUCGUCCGGCUGCUCGGCUCCAACCUCGAAGAGCAGUGGAUGCGCUCGGUGAACCUCGGAAUGACGAACUGGAUGUCGGAGCUCCUCCGGUCUUCGAACCACCUGCCCAGAGCGCCGUCGCCUCUGUUCUCGUACGGCCUCUCCGCGAGCGGGCUGUGGAAGGUGCAGCUCUACUGCCCUGUCAUAGCCAUGGCCGUCGAAGAUCGUCCUUCCGCCGCCAGCACUCAAGACGACCGCCUGCUCUUCUCCCUGAGGUACCAGCAGCUCGAAGCUGUGAUCCAGCUCGCCUACAGAGCCAUCCGCAAAGAGAGCUGGAUCGACAUCGCCGUCGCCGUCGACAACAUACGAUGCGAUGUGGAUCCUCUCUUGUCGGAGACUCUAAUGGCCGAACGAGGCUACGGCAGCGAGGAGAAGCACUUCCCUUCGAGAAUCUCCCUGCAACUCACUCCGGCCCUGCAAUCGGACGUUCUGUCGGUUUCAGUGAGCAAGUCGUCGGACAAUCCGACGCAAGAAAUCGGCCUGGAGAAGUCGCUCGAAGGCGGUUUCGAUCCGCCGAACUCCUACCUGGGCCUCAGGAUCUCGGCCACGGAGUCCGUCACCAUGAGCGUGAAGCCGUGGAAGUUCGAGCAGUCGGUGGACGGCGACAGCGUGAACCUGAACUGGUUUCUUCACGACGGCGUCAAUGGCAGGGAGGUGUUCUCCUCCCGGCCGUCGAAGUUCGCUCUGUUUCAGCCGAGGACGUGGUUCAGGAACCGGUACUCGAGCGUGCACAGGCCGUUUACCAAGCAAGGGGGGAUCAUCUUCGCCGGAGACGAGUACGGAGAGAGAGUGUGGUGGAAGGUCCGCCCGGCGGCUUUGGUGAAGACGAUGGAGUGGGAGAUCAGAGGCUCUAUAGGGCUCACCUACUGGCCAAACAAGCAAAGGACUUUCUACAGUGAGACGAGGAAGUUGCAGUUCAAGGAAUCCCUCAGCCUUCAUCUCCCAAAAUGACAUGGUCUAACAAUUGCUCAAUGUCUAUCUUUCUUCCAUUUUCGAACACAUUCUUCUUAUGUUCAAUUUGAUAAGUAGUUUUCUGUAUUCCUUUUAUAUAUAUAUAUAUAUAUUAUGUUCA